UGAUGACGUGCGAAUUCGAGUUCGAUAUUUCAAGAUGGCGCCGAUUCCCCGUCGGUUUGUUGUUUGCCGGUGAGUGAUGUGCACGUAGGUCGCGGUUCGCAGCGAGUUCGAGACCGUUUGAGACAACUGAGAGCGGUGAUCGAGUUAGCAGUGUGGACCUAGGAUGGGCUUGCAGGACGUUGUGUACACGGCGGUCACUAUGCCCUAUAAUGUUAUUCACAAGACGAGUGCGGGGGCUUGGAACGCGGCCACGUCGGCAGCAUAUUAUUUGGGAGGAAAGCAGAAAGUCGAGUCGGUGAAAAUGGCAGCGCCGGUACCUCUGUGGAAGUUAGCCGCUGCCAGCGGUCCAUACGUGAGACUUGCGGCCCUCAGCGGUGCGGCGGCCGUGAUUCUUGGCGCCAUCGGAUCCCACCGACAUUACUCCAAGGACGAGAUAGGGCAGGAGCAACGUCGCAUCUUCGAAACGGCGAAUCGAUACCAUUUCAUACACACUUUGGCCCUGCUCGGAUUACCGUUGUGCAAGUUCCCAACGGUGGCCGCGACGUUCAUGCUCUCGGGGAUCUUGCUGUUCUGCGGAAGCUGUUACUACACCGCGUUCACCAACAACAGGCGAUUCAGCGCGACAACGCCGAUCGGGGGAUUUUGUUUUAUACUGGCGUGGUGCAGUAUGUUCUUGUAAAAUAUCGCUGUACGCUGUAAAAAAAAAAGAAAUGGGAGUUUUCGUACGAGCAAGCAAACAAGUGACAAGUCUGCGGGCAACUUAUACAUGUAAUACGCAACGUAAAAGGAAAAAAGAUGAAAACAAUACUUCGUAGCAUUAAGAGUGGAUGGUUGAAGAUUUACAGAAAAAGAAAGAGAGUGUUCGAAUGAGAUAACUUUUGAAUAUGAAUAUCACAAUGGGUGUAUAUACUCGACAAUUAUAGAUUGAUUUUAUUUCCAGAAGAUAAAAUACGAGGUAAAAGUAAAUAAAAAAUAUAAUUUUACGGUUAUUCGAGAGAGAAAA